AUGGAAAAUACAUCUGCUCAAGGGUUGCUUGGCAAUGGGAGUCUUCAUAUCAACGAAAGAAACGAACAGUUAGCUCAAGCAGAAAUAGGAGUGUCUUCAGCAAUUUUCAUUUUGGCGGUUUUUGGGAAUUCCACUGUUUUCGUUGUAUUUCUUCUGCGUGGCCGGAGACUUACACGUAUGCAUCUGUUAAUGCUACAUUUAAGUGCCGCAGACCUCUCUGUGGCGUUCUUUAAUGUGUUACCGCAGCUCAUCUGGGAUGUGACGUAUGUUUUCUAUGGAAAUGACGUCAUAUGUCGCUUUGUGAAAUACUUCCAGCUCGUCGUUGUGUAUGCCUCUGCGUAUGUGCUUGUGAUGACCGCCAUUGACCGGUACUUCGCCAUAUGUCGUCCUCUGGUUAGUCACCAAUGGUCGUCACGGACUGUCCACUAUAUGGUUGCUGUAGCCUGGAUGAUAUCAUUCAUUCUUAGUCUUCCACAAAUUUACAUAUUUUCUUAUAUGGAACGACAACCGAAUGUGUUCGACUGUUGGGCUACAUUUAACCCAUCUUGGACUUUGGAACUUUAUAUAACGUUUAAUUCAGUGACUGUAUAUAUCAUUCCGACUAUGAUUUUGACCUUUUGUUACGGACGAAUGUGCUACUCUGUCUGGAAACGAGGCAGGGUUGGAGAACAAGUGGUUUCCUCAACAAAAGUUCAAUGGAAUCAAUCGAAUAUGUCGGAGAGAGAUGUUUCUAAUAACAGCCAUUAUCAAGCCGGGAAGGCAGACAAACAUCAGGGAAAUUUUCAAUUCGGAAAUAGUGGUACAUCCGACAUCCGAAGUCGCCAUGGGCAGCACAGAGGGGCCAUACCACGUGCAAAGGUGCGCACGGUCCAACUUACACUCACAGUGGUGUUUUGUUUCUUUGUGUGUAGUUCUCCGUUUCACUUCGCUCAGCUGUGGGCAGCGUUUGACCCGAACGCACCUUUCACUAGUUCCGCCUAUACCAUUAUCCUGCUACUGUACAGUCUCAACAGUUGUACGAACCCUUGGAUCUACCUCAUUUUCAGUUCCCGGAUGUGGGAAUCUGUCAAGUCGUGCUCAAGACUGAACAUGCGGAAACGCAAACAAAAAAGCAUUCCGUCAUGGCCAACAGAUUCCACGCUGUCUUAA